GUGCUCUCUGCUUCCAUCCACCACCACCAUGGCCACGGAUAUGCGGGCAAACAUGCUUGAGUGGGAUGAGCACGACGUCCAUCUCUGGUUGGCGAAGCUAGGUUAUCCGCAGUACGAGCCGCAGAUACGCGAACACCAUAUCACGGGCGAUAUUCUUUCGCAACUCGAUGCAGAGACACUCAAGGAGAUUGGAAUAUCAACGAUUGGGCAACGGCUGGCGAUUCUCAAAGCCGUCUAUCAACUUAAGCUCUCACAGGGUAUUGAGAUAGAGCCCGGGCAGUACGUGCCUCCUUCUGAGCUAGAAGAUACUGAGGAGCCGUUGACCCUCCCUCGGUUGCAUGAUAUGGUGAAGGAACAAGGGGAGCGUUUAAGAGCUGUUGAGGACGAAAACCGACGACUGAAUGAAAAUUUGAACCAAUGUAUGGAAGAACUCUUACGAAUAUCGGGUCAAGGUCGUUCGGGGCCGAGUGAUGAUCGUUCGUUGCGGAAGCAACCUUCCUUCAAGUGGGCACAGUUCAGGAGCGCCCGCUCGCCUACCAAACAAGAGUCGAGCGCAGGGCACUCGGAGUCGCCUCAUCCCUCACCUCAGAAGUCCGAGUACGAUAUGUCUAAUGGUCGAACUACUCAGCCAUCGUCAUAUCAUACAUCCUAUGAUCGAUCUGCUCCUUCACGCCAAGGCACAUACGGCGCAGUAACCUCAUCUCCGGACACUGCUGGGACACUUUCAAGCCAGACAAGCAGGCAAUUGACAGCGCGUCCAGAUCCUCCCAGUAACAAUCCUCCUACGAGCAUUAGCACUUCCUCGGAUAAUCUCAAGAGUUUCAAAGUCAGCUUGGAAGAUCCGGCUUGGAAAGUACUUCCGGCAGCUCUCAAGAAAUACAAGAUUAAUAAUGACGACUGGCAAAACUACGCAAUGUUUAUUUGUUAUGGGCAAACUGAGCGCUGCUUAAGCUACGAUGAGAAGCCGCUCCUCCUUUUCCAGAAACUCAAAGACGCGAAGAAGAACCCCGUCUUCAUGCUCAAACAUAUAAAGGAUAUUCGAUCACCCAUUGCCGUGGCACAACAGAAACACGCAGCGCGAAAAGCUUCAGAGUCUUCUCCAAAUACCAGGCCUUCACAAUCACAUGCUCGUUCCAUGUCAAGACCUAGCAAGCUUAACACAACUACACCUCCCAAUGCCACGUCUAAUGGGCAAUCGUCGUGGCCUGAACUCAUGUCGCCUGCAACAGAGCAAAAGGACAAACUCGACGAAUUUGGCGCGGAUGCAAACAAGUAUCGUACUGGCGCUGGUGGAGCCUCGGGAUCCGGUACCGGCUCUGGUGGAGGAAAUGAAAAUGACAAUGCAGAAGCAUUGGCGAGUGCGAAUCGCCAAGAAACAAUAUCAGGUAUUUCGUACGCGGUAGCCAUAUACCCGUAUAUGGCCGAGCAAGAAGACGAAUUUGACGUCGUCGUUGGAGACACGUUUAUCAUUCUCUCACGGGCCCGAGGGUGGUGGGUUGUCCAACGAGACCCAUCAGGAAAUGGGAUCCUCGAUACCGAUACGAGUAAGCAGGGAUGGGUACCUGCUGGAUGUCUUCUUGAGACAAACGUACCUGUCGCAUCUGCCAUUGCGGAGGCCAACGCUGUGCGCGCGUCUGCAAAUGGUUCACCCCCUUCAUCACCUGCGUCCAAAACACCCAUUCUUCCACUCAGUAUCCUCUCAACUAGUUUCCCUGGCAUAGCCCUCAUGGAUUAUAGAAAGAAGGGCGAUGAGGAACUAGACUUGGUGAAGGACGACCUGCUUCGAGUUUUCAAACGAUAUAACCAUUGGUCCUAUGCCGUUAAGGAAGACGGCGGAGAUCGUGGUUGGGUUCCGUCAUGGUUCAUUGGGAAAGUCACCAGUGCGGGACAGGUUCCCUCCACACCAUCGACUUCGGUACCGGCGAAUGGCUCUUUGUCGACACAAGUCGCACUUGAUUCGGAUUUCCGUUACGCAGGACCGGACGGCAACGCACCUGGCAACCAAGUUUCGCCAAUGUCAUCAGCAUUCCCUCCACCAUCUCAGGCCCAUCAGCGAACUGCAGUAGUAUGAUGUUCGGUAUCCAGCGCCCAAGAUAUCAAUAGAUUCAAGGCGCUUCGCUAUCAUUACUGCUGAUAUCACUUACGUUCUCUGGGAUUUUCACCGCUGUUACGCUCUUCUGUCUCCCCUGCUUUAGGUAUCAACAUAUCAACAGGUCUGUUCUGGUACGGCUGGGCGGCCUGCUUGAGCUGUAUCAUUAUUAUAUGCCACCACGGCUCUUUCACAUUCCUCUAACGAUUUUUGAUGGUCUCCUUCCAGUUGCUUUCUCGCAGAUCUUAUUCGUCUUUUUCUUCUCUUUCUUAAUGGAUCGGCUAUUUGCCAAUUUUGUGUAAUAUAUAGUUAUGCCUUGUUCUGGCUCUCUCUACCCUCUCUUUUCAU